CACAGCGUGAUUGGCUGAGACGGAGUGUGCGUGGGACCAUUAAUUAGUUGUGUCUUUGUUUGAUACUCAACUGACUGACUUAUUGCAUGUACUCCAUUAUUUCGGUAGAAACAAUGCGUUUGUACAUUGCUGUCGUUCUGUUGUGGGCUGGAGUUGCUACGGAGGGGAAAGCAGUCCCGUCCCUUCCUAAGUUUGGAAGCAGCUAUCAUGUCAAAGGAUUGAUUUCUCUACCUUAUGCUGAAAUCAAGGAGCCAUUUGAGGCCUGGUUCGACCAAGCAGCAAAGUCCAGCCGAAUAGACUACUACCAUGGUCAGGUGUCAACAUACCAGCUGGGGGCGGAGCAGCAGUGGGGCGUGGCCUAUAAAAUCACCCCUGAGUCCACAGAGGAUGAGCUUAAUGUGAUGAAGUGCUUCCAGGUCAACGGAACAAAGGAAGAAGCGGUCACACCGCAGGCAUCGCUGCCCAGUGUGCAGGGCUUCCAGUUCUUGAGGAUGGAGUACUAUGGAGGUUCUCUGUGUGAAGUCUGGCAGAAUGUGACUACUGUGGGCUACAAGAAGAACACGUACACACUGUGGGUGACUCAUUCAGAGGGUGGUGCAGAUGCCAAAGAAGAUCCUGCCAUACCUGUCCAUUAUGAGAUGAUGGGAUACAACACGCUACUGGGGUCACAUUAUGACAAAUACUUGGUGGACUACAAAGAGUUCAGUACUCACGUGGAUCCCACAGUCUUCUCUCUGCCUGAAGGGAUGACUUGUGGCGGAUUUCCUGGUCCAGGAGUGGAGCACCACAUGUUGGCCAACCCGAUGAAAGAUCUCAUCCACACCUCAGCAUCGGGCCACUCAGAGCGCAUGUUCAACCACUUCAAGGAAAAGUUCCAGCGUCAGUACAGCGAUGAAAGAGAACAUGAGAAAAGACAGCACGCUUUUGUUCAUAAUCUCCGAUAUGUCCACUCCAAGAACAGAGCAGGGCUGCCCUUCUCUCUGGCUCUGAACUCUCUGUCAGAUCGCACCAUGUCGGAGCUGGCCACCAUGAGGGGAAGGAAACGAGGAAAGACCCCAAAUAGAGGGCUCCCUUUCCCCUCUAAGAUUUACGAAGGGGUGCAAGUACCAGACUCACUUGACUGGAGGCUGUAUGGUGCUGUGACCCCAGUAAAGGACCAGGCCAUCUGUGGCUCCUGCUGGAGCUUUGCCACUACUGGAGCAGUAGAGGGCGCCCUCUUCCUAAAGACGGGCUCCCUGCAGGUUCUGUCUCAGCAGAUGCUGGUGGACUGUUCCUGGGGUUUCGGCAACAACGGCUGUGAUGGAGGGGAGGAGUGGAGAGCGUAUGAGUGGAUCAUGAAACAUGGAGGCAUCGCCACAACUGAAACUUACGGAGCCUACAUGGGAAUGAAUGGAUUUUGCCAUGUCAACACAUCCCAGCUUACUGCACGAAUCCAGAGCUACACCAACGUCACAUCAGGAGAUGCAGAGGCCCUGAAGCUGGCACUCUUUAAAAAUGGACCAGCGGCUGUCAGUAUUGAUGCUUCACAUAGAUCAUUUGUUUUCUACAGCCACGGUGUCUACUAUGAACCAGCGUGCGGGAACACCACUGAUGAUCUGGAUCAUGCUGUGCUUGCAGUGGGAUACGGCACCCUGAACGGGGAGCCGUACUGGUUGAUAAAGAACUCAUGGUCCACCUACUGGGGCAACGACGGCUACAUCCUCAUGUCAAUGAAGGAUAACAACUGUGGCGUCACCACCGAUGCUACAUAUGUUUCACUGGCAUAGCUUGGACCAUAUAAAUCUAUAUGUUAAUACCACUAUGUGAGUGUGAGGUUGAAUGACACCUAAUGCUGGAUGUGUUGAGGUGUGGUUAUCAUAUCAAACUGAGCUCCUUGGUGAUAAUAAUGUGUUGAAUGUUGUAAUCGAAUGGUGUCAGAGUGAAGUGAUAUGCUGUAAAACUUGCACACAGAAAAAAAAGAUUGCUUUUUUUUUUUU